AUGGAAACGUCCCGGGGGCACGGCACGUCUAGGGGAAAGGCGCGCGGGCCCGCGCACCCCUGGCUCGGCGGUUUGCGCGGGGCGGGCCGACGGGGGGGCCCGUGGGUGGGCGCGGGCCGGGGCGGGCUCCGCCCCGCGGCCGGGGGCCGCCCACCGGGGCCCGCGAGGGCCCCCCGGCGCCGGGCCACGGUCCGGGCAGCCCGCCGCCCGGGCCCCCGCGGGGGGCGAGCGGAAAGUUCACCUCCCCCGGGGGAGGCGGGCACGCCCCCCGCGCUCGGGCGAGCGGCCCAGCGAGGGGACGACGCUUGGGCCCGCCCGGGCCCGGCGCCUGCGCCCGGGGGGCGGCGGGGGCCGGCUGGGGGGGGGGGCGCGGCGGGGCCCGGCCGCAGUUCUCCCCGGAGUGUCGCAGUCGCCCCGUGGCGCCCGGGGGGGGGGCCCACGCGCGGCUUGGGGGUCGUCCCGGGGCUGGAGGAGGAGGUGGGGUGGCGCGCGGAGAAGGGCCUUGAGGCGUGCGCGGGGGGGGGGGACACGCCCUGCGGCCGCCCGUUUGGUGGAGGCGGGCCCUGCUUGGGUCCGCGCCUUUCCCGGCACCCUUUGUCCGCGAGGGAAUGCCCCCGUCGUCGAGGGGCGACGAGUUGUUUUCAGCGUCCCCGCAGCUUCCUUAUCGAACGUGCUGGUUUAGAGACGCACCCAGGUCUCCGGGUUUCCCGAGGAGACGACGUACGAUUAAAUCGAGUCGAACACGGGGGGGGCCCCCCGUAG